GAGAUUCUGGGGUGGUCUUCAUCAGAUUCUCUCGGUUAUACAGAAGCAGCCAUACGCCUAAACCCUAGCCAAAGGUAGAGAUGGGUGAAGAAGUGAAGGCUAUAAUCCCAGAGUCUGUUUUGAAGAAGAGAAAGAGAGAAGAAGAAUGGGCGUUGGCCAAAAAACAAGAGAUUGAAGCUCUCAAGAAGAAGAAUGCUGAGAACAGAAAGCUCAUCUUUAACAGAGCCAACCAGUAUUACAAGGAAUACGCCGACAAGGAGAAGGAGGUGAUCCAGCUAAAGCGCGAGGCUAAGCUCAAGGGAGGGUUCUAUGUUGAGCCUGAGGCUAAGCUUCUGUUCAUCGUUCGUAUCCGUGGUAUUAAUGCCAUGCAUCCGAAGACGAGAAAAAUUUUGCAGCUCCUAAGGCUGAGACAGAUAUUCAACGGUGUCUUCCUUAAAGUCAACAAAGCCACCAUGAACAUGCUUCAUAGGGUUGAACCGUAUGUGACAUAUGGGUAUCCUAAUUUGAAGAGUGUGAAGGAGUUGAUUUACAAGAGGGGUUAUGGGAAGCUCAACAAGCAAAGAACUGCUUUGACCGACAACUCCAUCAUCGAGCAGGCAUUAGGCAAGUAUGGAAUCAUCUGCACAGAAGAUCUUAUUCACGAGAUCGCAACUGUGGGACCUCAUUUUAAGGAGGCAAAUAACUUCUUAUGGCCAUUUAAGCUGAAGGCUCCAUUGGGUGGUCUGAAGAAGAAGAGAAACCAUUAUGUCGAAGGAGGAGAUGCCGGAAACCGCGAGAACUACAUCAAUGAGCUCAUCAGGAGAAUGAAUUAGGUGUUUUUGUCAAAAUAUACGGGCAUCUUGGUUAAACUUGUUUUCAAAAUUAGUUGGGCACAGUUUUAUUUGAUUUUUGUUUUAUAUGGUACUUCAAAGUAUGAGAUAAUGGGAUGUUGGAAAA